CUUCGACCAAAUAUUUUUAAAUAUACACCAAAAUUACUUGCAGAUUUGAUUACUAAAUGUUGGGAUGCUAAAGCAGAAAAUAGACCAACUGCUAAAGAAUUGUAUCAAACAUUAUAUAAAUGUGGUAAUGAAGAAUUUGAUGAUAUUGAUACUGAAUCUCAAGUAGAUAAAGAUAGUGAUGCCAAACCUCAA